GAAGAGCUGAUUAACUUGGUUGUGAUCUCUCAGCUGGCCCACAUUCCAGAGGAUAAAGACCACCAAGUCCGAAAACUGGCCACUCAGCUGCUCGUGGACCUGGCUGAAGGCUGCAACACGCAUCACUUCAACAGCUUGCUUGAUAUCAUAGAAAAGGUGGCUGCACAUUCUCUCUCAUCUCCCUCUGAACUGGAAGAGAGGGACUUGCUAUCAUAUUCAGCUUCUUUAGAGGAUGUCAAGACAGCAGUUCUUGGACUCCUGAUAAUUCUUCAGACAAAACUUUACAGCUUACCUGCCAGCCAUGCAAUGAGGGUGUAUGAGAUGCUGAUCCAUCAUGUCCAACGCCAUUACAUAUAUGCAUACAGCCUUGCUGUCGCCAGCAGCAUCAGACUGCAGGUAUUUGAUUUCCUGCUCAUGCUUCGAGCCGACUCUCUCCACCGUCUUGGGCUUUCCAACAAGGAUGGAGCCGUGAGAUUCAGCCCUUAUUGUCUAUGUGAUUUCGUAGAAGCAGAGAAGAGGACUUCGGAGAAGAAGCCUGCUGGCACACUGUCUCCACCCUCGGGAAGUCCCAGUGUGCCUCCCCAGAAUGCCACCAUUCGGAUAGGACAUUUGCCAUACUCGAUGGUCUUUGGGGUCCUGCUGCAGUGUUUGAAGCAAGAGACAGACUGGAAGGUGUUGAAGUUGGUCCUCAACAAGUUACCAGAAUCCCUCCGCUAUAAAGUGCUAUUCUUAACCUCUCCCUGCAACAUAGACCUCCUGGCCUCUGCACUGAGCUACAUGCUCACAGACAAAAAGACUACUGACAGGCUCCAUGGCACCCCAGAAGGCUUCUCUCGCACUGAUUUGCACCUGGCUGUGGUUCCAGUACUGACAGCAUUAAUUUCUUAUCAUCAUUAUCUGGACAAAGCUAAACAGCGUGAAAUAGUGUAUUGCCUGGAACAUGGCCUUAUUUAUCGCUGCGCAAACCAGUGCGUUGUGGCGCUCUCUGUGUGUAGCGUCGAGAUGCCCGAUAUCAUCAUAAAAGCACUGCCUGUCUUAAUAGUCAAAUUAACCCACAUUUCUGCUACUGCCAAUAUGGCGAUCCCACUCUUAGAAUUUCUUUCAACUCUGGCGAGGCUGCCUCAUCUUUACAGGAACUUUGCAGCAGAGCAGUAUGCCAGCGUGUUUGCCAUCUCCCUACCAUACACAAACCCUUCCAAGUUUAACCAGUACAUUGUUUGCCUCGCCCAUCACGUGAUAGCGAUGUGGUUCAUCCGAUGUCGACUUCCCUUCCGGAAGGACUUUGUCCCUUAUAUUACGAAGGGUUUACGCUCAAAUGUCCUCCUCUCCUUUGAUGACACACCAGAGAAGGACAGUUUCAGGGCUCGUAGUACAAGCCUGAACGAGAGGCCAAAAAGUAGUUUAAGACUAGCCAAAAAUGCAAAGCAAGGCUUGAAUAACUCUCCUCCAGUGAAAGAGCUGAAAGAAUCCUCUGCAGUUGAUGCCUUCCGAUCCCGCAGCAUCAGUGUGUCUGAACAUGUGGUCCGCAGUCGGAUACAAACAUCCAUCACUAGCUCAAGCCUGGGCUCUGCGGAUGAAAAUUCAAUGGCUCAGGCUGAUGACAAUUUAAAAAAUCUCCACCUGGAGCUCACCGAGACCUGUCUGGAUAUGAUGGCCCGAUACGUCUUCUCAAACUUCACUGCAGUGCCUAAGAGGUCUCCUGUGGGCGAGUUCCUGCUGGCUGGAGGAAGGACGAAGACGUGGCUGGUUGGUAACAAGCUCGUGACUAUCACUACGAGUGUUGGAACAGGGACAAGGUCUCUGCUUGGCCUAGACUCUGGAGAGCUCCAAAGCAGCACAGAAUCAAGCUCAGACCCUGUUUCACAAGUGAGACAGACUAAAGAAGCUCCAGCAAAGCUAGAGUCUCAAGCUGGGCAGCAGGUCUGCAGGAGCUCUCGCAACAGAGUCAGAUCCAUGUCCGGUGGCCAUGCCUUACGUGUUGGUGCUUUAGACAGUUCAGCUUCCCAAGGGAUUCAGAGUCCUCCUGCUCCUGCACCUCGAACAGAGAAGACAAACCCUCCGGCACAGACACCUCUGCAGAAAGAAAAGGCAAAUUUGGCUGCGUACGUCCCUCUGCUGACACAGGGCUGGGCAGAAAUCCUCGUGCGCAGGCCCACAGGUAACACGAGCUGGCUAAUGAGCCUGGAGAACCCGCUCAGUCCUUUUUCUUCAGAUAUCAACAACAUGCCCCUGCAAGAGCUCUCCAAUGCACUCAUGGGCAAGGAGCACCGAGAAACGGCUCUCUAUAAAUCCCUCUCUGUCCCAUCCUCCAGCUUGGCCACUGGGACAGCCAAACCAUCCCUUCUGCAGCGCUCCAAUACAGUGGCCUCUUUCUCUUCCAUGUACCAGUCCAGUUGUCAAGGGAAGUUGCACAGGAGCAUAUCCUGGGCAGAGUCAGCGGUUGUGCUGGAGGAAGGGAGCCCCUUGGAAGUGGAGCUGAAGGAAACGGAUUCCCCUGCUGAGUCUCCGGAGAGUGAAGAUUUUGAGGCUGGAUGCCCUGACCAGGUCCUGAACGAGGAGAGGUUUGGUAAACCCCAGGAGUCUUACAGCAGGUCCUCCUCAACCUCUAGUCAAGAGGAAAAAUCUCUGAAAUCAGAAGACCUGGUGGAAGGCGGCAUUCCCAUCGGGAGAGCCCUCCCCUCGGAGGACAGCCGGGCGCUGGAGGAACUUUCCUUCCAGCCGUCCCAGCCGCUCAGCAAGUCGAGCUCCUCCCCUGAGCUGCAGACGCUGCAGGAGGUUCUCAAAGACGCCAAUGGCAGAGAAGUGACGAGAAGACUGAGCACAGAAGUGAAAUCCAAAUCUCAGUCUGGGAACCUGGAAGGGGAAGGGCUGGGAAGUUGGUUGGGCCGGAGCGAGGAUGCCAGAGCGGCCGGGCCGGGGGGCUUGGAUGGCAGCGGGGCGGCCACCUCGCCGCGCUCGCCCGGCGGGCACCGGCCCCGCGGUUACACCAUCUCCGACUCGGCGCCCUCGAGGAGGGGCAAACGCAUCGAGAGGGAGGCCUUCAAGAGCAGAACCGCGGCCUCCAACGCCGAGAAAGUACCGGGAAUAAACCCCAGCUUUGUGUUUUUACAGUUAUACCACUCGCCCUUCUUUGGAGAUGAAAACAACAAGCCCCUUUUGUUGCCAAAUGAGACGUUUGAAAGAUCGGUGCAGCUCCUGGAUCAAAUUCCUUCUUACGACACGCACAAGAUUGCAGUGCUCUAUGUUGGAGAAGGCCAGAGCAACAAUGAAAUUGCCAUUCUGUCAAACGAACACGGAUCCUAUCGCUACACAGAGUUCCUGACAGGGUUGGGGAAGCUCAUUGAGCUCAAAGACUGUCAGCCUGAUAAAAUUUACCUUGGUGGCCUGGACGUGUGUGGGGAGGAUGGGCAGUUCACAUACUGCUGGCAUGAUGACAUUAUGCAAGCCAUUUUCCACAUUGCUACUCUGAUGCCCACUAAGGAUUUGGAUAAACAUCGCUGUGACAAGAAAAGGCACCUUGGGAAUGAUUUUGUUUCUAUCAUUUACAAUGACUCUGGAGAAGACUUCAAACUGGGAACAAUAAAGGGUCAGUUCAACUUCGUGCAUGUGAUCAUCACACCCCUGGACUAUGACUGUAACCUGGUGACCCUGCAGUGUCGGAAAGAUAUGGAGGGACUCGUAGACACAAGUGUUGCUAAGAUCAUCUCCGAUAAGAACCUGCCCUUUGUAGCCCGUCAGAUGGCCCUGCACGCUAACAUGGCUUCCCAGGUUCAUCAUAGUCGGUCCAACCCUACUGACACUUACCCGUCCAAGUGGAUUGCAAGGCUGCGUCAUAUCAAGAGGCUAAGACACCGGCUACGUGAAGAAACGCAGUACCAGACUCCUGGCCUCCCCCUGCAAAUGCAUCCGUCAGCCCCAGCGAAGCCCCCUCCCCAAAUACCUCAAGACCCUCCACCCACCUAUGAGACGGGGCAGAGGAAGCGGCUCAUCUCCUCCGUGGAUGAUUUCACAGAGUUUGUGUAA